AUGCCAGGUGGAGCGAUAGCAAGAACCCCGGUGUCAACAGUAUCGAGUACUCCCAUUCAUCAUUCUGAGAGUUUUUCAUACUGCGCACCACCACAUGUUACCCGAUCUUUGGUGAAACAGGAGGAUCUUUUCAAGCUCACAGCGCUGCCAGCUAUUGCCAUGGCGCAGUCAAUGUCCCUCCGGGACCGACAGGUCGCAUCAAUCCAAAAGCUACUGAACCUGAACCAUGAUCCGCAACCCGCUGAAGAUAACUCCAUUGACCAGUCCGGAUCGGGCGGUCUUAUCUCGCAUUCCACUCCGAUCCUGAACGAAGAUGGCGACCCCAUCUGGAAGGUCUUGGUAUUCGAUAAAAUGGGCCGGGAUGUUAUCAGCAGUGUGCUGAGAGUAAAUGAUCUCCGCGCAUGGGGCAUCACCAUUCAUCUAAACCUCCACUCGCAACGAUACCCCAUCCCUGAUGUCCCUGUCGUCUACUUCGUGGAACCGACCCCCGAUAAUAUCCAAGCAAUCACUCGCGAUCUCUCCCACGGGCUCUACUCCCCAGCCUACGUGAAUUUCCUAUCUUCCGUCCCGCGGCCACUUCUAGAGGACUUUGCUUCUCAAAUAGUCACGUCAGGCGCAUCCGAACAUAUUGCGCAAGUAUUUGACCAGUAUCUCAACUUCAUUGUUGCAGAGCCGGACCUGUUUAGCUUGGGGCUUGGGAAUGAUGCAUACUACAAGAUCAACAGCCCAAAGACGACGGAUGAAGACCUAGAUGCGAUUGUUGACAAAGUGGUCAGUGGGCUAUUCAGUGUGAGCGUGACAAUGGGUACAAUCCCAAUUAUACGGUGCCCCAAGGGCGGUGCAGCGGAAUUGAUUGCGACAAAACUGGACCGCAAACUGCGAGACCACAUACUUAAUUCCAAAGACAACCUCUUCUCCGGUAAUCAGAACGCUCUACCGGGAGUGCCAUCGGCGCGGCCGGUACUGAUCAUUAUGGACCGAAACAUCGAUCUGGUCCCAAUGCUCUCCCACUCGUGGACGUACCAAUCUCUGGUACAGGAUGUCCUUGAAAUGCGUCUCAACCGAAUCACUCUAGAUGCUGGUGCUGGUGAUGCGGAUUCCGCCAAGGGCUCUAAGAAAUCUUACGACUUGAACAGUACCGAUUUCUUCUGGCAACGCAACGCCGGAGUCCCAUUCCCCCAGGUUGCGGAGGACAUUGAUGCUGAGCUCACACGGUAUAAGGAGGAUGCGAAUGAGAUCACGAAGAAGACGGGUGCCUCUUCAAUUGAAGAUCUCCAAAAUGAUACUAGUGCAUCCGCACAACAUCUCAAGGCCGCUAUCACACUGCUCCCUGAGCUGCGGGAACGCAAGGCGGUCCUCGACAUGCACAUGAACAUUGCGACCGCACUGCUCAAAGGCAUCAAGGAGCGACAGUUAGAUAACUUCUUCGAGCUCGAGGAAACCAUCACUAAACAAUCCAAGUCACAGAUCCUGGAGCUCAUAAAUGACCCCGCUAAAGGAAGCGAGUCAUUAGACAAGCUGCGCUUGUUCAUGAUCUGGUUCCUCAGCACUGAGACUGAGCUCAGCCGCUCCGAGAUGACUCAAUUCGAAGAGGCCCUUACCCGAGCCGGUGUCUCCGAUAUUUCCCCUCUUGCCUACGUCCGCCAGGUGCGCGAAAUCACUCGUAUGACCAUGAUGACCACCACCGCUCCCGAACAACAAUCCUCUGAUCUGUUCCGUGGAUUCUCCUCGCUUUCAAAUCGCCUGACGGAUCGCAUCACCUCGGGCGCUCUCGGGGCCAACUUUGACUCGCUCAUUUCAGGCGUGAAGAACUUCCUUCCAACAAAUAAGGAUCUUACUGUGACCAAAAUCACCGAGUCAAUCAUGGACCCUGCUGCAGCUUCAAGUUCGGCUAUUGCAAAGACUGAAAACUACCUCUACUUCGACCCGAGGAGUGCCAACGCACGUGGUGCGAUGCCUCCGGCAUCUGCAUCGCGGAACGCGCAGAUACCCGGCGGAAUGGGUAGCGCAGGCCCUGGCACUGGCGCCAGUUUCGGCCAACGUCGCCAAGCCUUCAGUGAGGCUAUUGUAUUUACAGUUGGUGGAGGCAGUAUGGACGAGUACGGCAAUUUACAGGAAUGGGUUCGCCGAACAAACGGUCAACAGGGUGCAGAUGGUGCGCCGGCUCGUGCGGCCAGUGGGAAUCGCCGCAGGGUUGUCUAUGGAAGUACAGACCUGAUGAACGCUACGGAAUUCCUGUUGGACUCAUUGGCGCCUCUUGGUCGGGAUAGCUAA